GACGGCGAGGUCUGGAUGCUUAGGCCUUGGUGUUGGUGUCGGCUAGAGCAAAGCAUUGCCUUUUUCAUCGUGAGGAGUUGGCAGUCCAGUUCGCCGCCAACGGGCACAUAAUACAUAUAUAUCUCUGGACUGAAGGCUCUCCCACCCUUUCUCUCCUCAUCUUCUGCCUCUGUCGCUUAGUUCUGUCUGUUUCCUCUCUGUCCAGUCCGUUGAUACCCUCAGACGAUCAGCCAUGGUUCUUGAGCGUGUGAAGCAGUUGGCCCAACAGGUGUCCAACACUGUUGCUCCUCCCCAUCCUUUCGACCCCCUCUCUUCCCUUGAGAUCGAGACAGCCGUUUCUCUGCUUCGAUCACAGUAUGGCAAGCUGUAUUACAACGCCGUGACGCUGUACGAGCCACCGAAGGCUGAGAUGCUGAAAUGGCUGGCUGAUCCCGACCACACCCCCAAGCCACACCGUGUCGCCGACAUUGUGGUCAUUUCGCCAGACGGCAAAGUGUUCGACGGCCAUGUUGACCUCACCGAGCGCAAGGUGAUCAAAUGGGAACAUACGCCCGGCGUGCAGCCUCUGAUCACCAUGGAAGAUCUCCAAAUCGUCGAACAUGUCGUUCGCAAGGACCCCGGCGUCAUUGAGCAGUGCGGUCUGAUUGGCAUCCCGCCCGAGGAGAUGCACAAGGUCUACUGCGACCCCUGGACCAUCGGAUACGAUGAGAGAUUCGGCAAUUCCGUCAGACUGCAGCAGGCCCUGAUGUACUAUCGUCCUCACGUCGACGACUCUCAAUAUUCGUUUCCCCUAGAUUUCUGCCCCAUCUACGACGCAAACAAGCAGAAGAUCAUCCACAUUGAUGUGCCCAAGGUUCGACGACCUCUGAGCAAGGCACCACCGAACAACUACCACGUCAAGUCGAUCGAAGAGAUCGGUGGCUACCGAACCGACCUCAAGCCGAUCAACAUCACCCAGCCCGAAGGUGUCAGUUUCAAAAUCAAUGGCCGCAUCAUCGAAUGGCAAAACUGGUCCAUCCAUGUCGGCUUCAACUACCGAGAGGGCAUCGUGCUCAGCAACAUCACAUAUUUUGACAAGGUAGAGAACAAGGUGCGACCUAUUUUCUACCGCCUUUCACUCGCCGAAAUGGUUGUCCCCUACGGCAACCCUGAGCACCCCCAUCAGCGCAAACACGCCUUCGACUUGGGCGAGUACGGUGGUGGGUACAUGACCAACUCACUGAGCUUGGGUUGCGACUGCAAGGGCAGCAUUCACUACAUGGACGCCGAGUUCGUGAACAAGGCCGGCGCGGCACAAACGAUCAAAAACGCAAUCUGCAUCCACGAAGAGGACAACGGCAUCCUGUUCAAACACUCGGACUUCAGAGACGACUCGGUCAUCGUGACCCGCGCCCGCAAGCUGAUCGUUUCCCACAUCUUCACCGCCGCAAACUACGAGUACUGCGUCUACUGGAUCUUCCACCAAGAUGGCACCGUCCAGCUCGAGAUCAAGCUCACAGGUAUCCUCAACACCUACGCGAUGAACCCCGGCGAGGACACCAAAGGAUGGGGCACGGAAGUCUACCCCGGCGUCAACGCCCACAACCAUCAACACUUGUUCUGUCUGCGCAUCGACCCCAACAUCGACGGACCCAACAACACGGUAUUCCAGGUCGACGCCGCCCAGGGUGCCGGGGAACCGGGCUCCGUGGAGAACUACUACGGCAACGCCUUCUAUGCCAAGAGGACAAAGUACACCAACCCCACGGAGGCCAUGGCGGACUACAACGGAUCGAGCUCGCGGACCUGGGACAUGUGCAAUGAGAACAAGCUGAACCCCUACUCCAAGAAGCCCGUGUCAUACAAGCUGGUGAGCAGGGAGGUGCCGGCGCUGCUGCCCAAGGAGGGAUCCCUGGUGUGGAAGCGGGCCGGUUUCUCCAGGCACGCCGUGCAUGUGACGAAGUACUCCGACGACCAGGUGCACCCGGCCGGGCGCCACGUGCCGCAAACCUCAGGCGAGCCCUCGAUGGGCCUGCCGCAGUGGAUCGCGGCGAACCCGACGGCCAAGAUCGACAACGAGGACAUUGUGCUGUGGCACACCUUUGGCAUCACCCACUUCCCGGCCCCGGAGGACUUCCCGGUCAUGCCCGCGGAGCCGAUGACGCUGCUGCUGCGGCCGCGCAACUUCUUCGUGCGCAACCCGGCCCUCGACGUCCCGCCCAGCUACGCCCGCACGCCCAGCGAGGUCGCCGCGGGCAGCAGCGGGUGCGCGUGCGAGAAGGACAAGGCCAGCGUGCGGGUCUAAACUUUGGGUGGGCAGGGGGUUGAGUAGUGUGCUCGUCCGGUUCAUAUUCUGUGGGCGAGAAUGAUUCUCUUAAAGUUUCCCUUAAUUUAUUGAUAUGUGAGCCGGGAAAAAAAUCUUGGCGGGAAUCUUGCUAUCUGUUUGGACAUGAGACACUCGGUACGAAGCUAUCUGCGAAAAGGAAAUGUUACUCCUGGUAUGCAACACCUCUUUAU